AAAUUGUUGGCAGACUUCAAGAAAAAAAGCAGGAAUGAAGAGUCUGCAAGCUAGUGGCAUUGCUCCUGAUGACCUAACAGAAAAUGAGGUGAUAUUGGAAGAAAUAGUCGAAGAAAUGAAAUCUCCGCUGAUCCAAGUCUCAAGGGAUGAAAAACAUCAGGAAAAAAAGAGACAAAAUGCCAUAUUCAUUAGGAACAAUGCAAUGGAAACAUGGUCUAAAACAAGAAAGAGUGGUAGUGAAGGUGGUGAUUCGGGUUCAGAGGGGAACGGCCAAGUAGAGCAGGUGUUGACCAAAAGACGUAAAACAAGAAUAGGAGGGUCAGAAGCACUGCAGUACUUGGCUGAAAAAACAGAARUAGAAACCUUUCUGCGAAAGCAAGAUCUUGAUUUUCGCAGAGAAGAAAUGCGUCUUCAAGCAGAACAGCAAAAGGAACAUUACAAA